AUGCACCACUGGAUCCCAGACGUUGCACAGCUUAUAUUCGAAUUUGUUUACGAUCCCAUCCGCACAGAAGAGGACUGCGAGGGUCGCGUCACAGUUGUCGGUUUAGCACGAACGUGUAGAGCAUUUAAAGACCCUGCCCUGGAUGUCUUGUGGGCUCAGCUCCACUCUUUGGAUGCCCUCGUCCUCUGUUCUGGUGGGAAGCGGGAUGGCAAUAACAAAUUAAUCUGGGAUCGCCCAUUGUAUGAUGCGGACUGGCGCAUUCUCGCGCAAUAUGGAAAACGUGUCCGUACGCUGACAAUCUCACCCCAAUCGAAUACAUGGGACAUCAGUACCAUGCAACUUCUGAGCUGUUUUCCUGUUCCAGGACCCAUUCUUCCGAACCUCACAAAGUUGAAUUGGCUCUCCGAUCGUGAAGACUUCUUCCCUUUCUUACGUCGUUUCUGUGGGCCCAGUUUGACAGCCCUUAGCUUUUCGCCCAUAUCGUGGAGUGUCCGGAAGUGUGCUGCUAUCGCAUCGCUUGCACCAUCAUGUCCUUUGCUCAAGGAAUUUACAUGCGUUAACGCAGAGGAUUCGUCGAUGCAAGCGAUCAGCGAGGCAGUUGUAGGCUGGAAUGGACUUCAAGUGUUGCAAGUUGGCCCUUUGGAUGAACAAGCUUUGACGCACGCUGGCUCUUUGCAAACGCUUCGGGAGUUGCGUUUUUCUGUUCCAGAUUUCAGAUCCCCGGUGUUAGAAUUUUGCUCCCCUCAUACUGCGGUGAAGAUCUCAAUACCUUCACCCUCAUCUUUUUAUACAUUCAUCCAAAAUAUCCAUUUCUCGACUCAACGUCUGCACCUUUUCUGCGAGCGCUAUGAUGGGAUGUUCCCAGAACUUUUCUUCUCGCGCCUAAAAGCGUGCUUCAGGAAUCCUGGGGAACUUCUAGAGCUAGGGCUCGUGAAAACGAUACACCACAACAGAUCAAUUAUUCUCAGCUCUAUCAUGUUGCGUCCGCUCGUGUCAUUCAAGGGACUCAGCUACUUAAACCUUGCGGAUCUAUGCACCUCGCAUAUCGAUGACACCCUCCUUGAAGAGAUGGCGGUGUCCUGUCCAAAUCUACAUGACCUCUACCUGGGCGACAAGGGUCGCUGGCUCAUCGCCCCGCUGGCAACUUUUGAUGGAGUUGUAUCUCUCUUAAAGCACUGCCGUCAACUCUCCUCUCUAGGAAUUUUCUUCAGUGCCACUUUCAAAAGUGACUUCACAGACGUGCUCCAAGCUGAUGCCAUCAACCUAAAUAUCAGAAACUUUUCCGUCGGUGCAUCCCCCAUCAGUGAUCCUAUGAACGUCACGGUGGUGCUGUCUUCGUUGAUUCCUAAUGCAAUUUGCAUAAAUCAUUGCGCGCAAGGGAGUGCGGAGCUUCAGGACAUGGAGGAAAAGUGGGACACAGUAAAUACGUGGUUCAAGCCGUUUGUCUCAGCUCGGAAACACAGUUGGGAGCAAGGCUGGUUGGAGGGGAAGGCGGUGGUUGAGAAGAAUGCAAUAGCGUAA